AUGGCCGUGUGGGACAGCACGGAUGGAGUGACAGCUGAGCCAUCCGGCAGGCAGGUGGACAGGGUUGUGCACGACUCGUUCGUUCCACGGGGUUUACUCAGUGUCUCCCUGGUGCCAGGCACUGCUUUAGGCACUAGUGAUUCCAAAGUGAACAAACAGACCCCAAAAAGCUGCCCCGUGCAGCUGGUGUCCUGUUUUGAGCGGUUGGACGAGGGAGCAGCAGCCCGCUCCUCCUCGGGAGGGCACUCAGCCUGCGAGGAAGUGCUCAUUAGGAGAGGGGCAGACACGGCCACUCCCGACCACGUCUCCAAGCAAGCCGGGGGCCCCCUCCUCCUGCAGCGCUGGCUGGGCCGCCCACGUCCUGGUGGAAGCCUCUGGGGCCAGAUGUUACAGGGCAAGCUAAAAAUAACCUGGCAGGCCAGCCACCAUCGAGGAGGGGCAUGGUCGCUCCCCAGGGAGGAAACGCCUCCCACCGGCCUCGGGAUGGGCAGCCGCGGAAGGAAGGUCGUCUGGGCUCUGAGCUUGCUGCUCCUUCUCCUCGAAACCAGUUCUGCCAAGAAUGUCUGGAAACGGGCACUGCCCGCGAGGCUGGCGGAGAAAUCCCGCGCCGAGGAUGCGGGCGCGCCCGGCGGCCCCCGACAGCCCCGCGCCGACCGCUGCCCGCCGCCCCCGCGGACGCUGCCCCCGGGCGCCUGCCAGGCCGCGCGCUGCCAGGCGGACUCCGAGUGCCCGCGCCACCGGCGCUGCUGCUACAACGGCUGCGCCUACGCCUGCCUGGAGGCCGUGCCGCCCCCGCCAGUGCUAGACUGGCUGGUGCAGCCGAAGCCUCGAUGGCUUGGUGGCAACGGCUGGCUCCUGGACGGCCCCGAGGAGGUGUUGCAAGCAGAGGCGUGCAGCACCACCGAGGACGGGGCAGAGCCGCUGCUGUGUCCCUCGGGCUAUGAGUGCCACAUCCUGAGCCCCGGCGACAUGGCUGAGGGCAUCCCCAACCGCGGGCAGUGCGUCAAGCAGCGCCGGCCAGCAGAUGGGCGGAUCCUGAGACACAGGUUUUACAAAGAAUAUCCAGAGGGUGACUCAAAGAAUGUGGCAGAACCUGGAAGGGGACAACAGAGGCACUUUCAAUAAAGCAUCGGCAGGCAGCGGGUUUGCGGGAGCGCAAACUAUCGGGGAAAACAGCAUGGCGCCCAGGGUCUACAUCCAGCUCAGAGACAGGACACCCGGCUCUCAAUCCCACGGGCCCCCCUGGCUGCUGACUCUGUGGGGGCCGCUUCACAGCGCUGGUCCCUGUCUUACCGCCCUGGACAAAAGACCCCACAGCUCCACAAGAUCUUGCACCGAGAAAGAAGCCGCUGCCUAAGUGAGCAUGUUUGAAGCCACUUUCUAAGACAGUUCAGCAUGUUGGCAUUUUGUAUAGAUUUCCCCCGGAAGCUGGCUCUGAGGAGCACACACCCAUCCCAGAUGUUCUCAGAAUAACUUUGUCCAUCGGGAAAUGGAAUGAACUUGCCUGCUAACGCGUGAGUCACAGUUCUGCCCACCUGACGAUCGCGAAUAGGAUGUGCCCAGCCCGAAUGUUAGCGGAGGGUGGGAGGCGGUUACAGAGCAAUAAAAACUGCAAACCGAGA